AUGCCUUCCUUGCCGAACUCCGCUGCAGCUGACAUGUAUCGGUCAUUGUUCAAGUUCGGCAUCUUCAACGCAGUCCAGUCGAGCUGUUUCCACAAAGUCAUAGAUACAGACGAAAAUAUGGUCAUUAGCGCACCUACGGGGAGUGGGAAAACAGUGCUCUUCGAGCUCGCGAUCAUCCGCAUGCUUACGCAGGUGGGUGGGAAUACAAAGACGUCUAAGUGCAUCUACGUAGCUCCCACAAAGACACAGGUGCUUUGCUCUGAGAAGUGCAGAGAUUGGACCACGAAAUUCCAGCCAUUGGGUGUGGAUUGCUGCCAGCUGACAGGAGAUAUCGUGCACUUCAGAAAGAGUGCAUGGGGAAGCACACGAGAUGCUACUAUCAUAUCCUCUGUACGUCUUGUGGUGGUGUCUGCCACUGUCCUGAACAUCAAGGAUGUGGCCAGCUGGAUCAGUAAUGGAACUCCCAAUGGCUCUGCUACCAUAAAGAAGUUUGGAGAGGAACACCGGCCAUGCAAGCUAUCAAAGUUCAUGUAUGAGAUACCGCAGAAGAGAGAACAGAACGACUUUGUAUUCCAGAGGACACUCGAUUACCACUUGUAUGACAUUCUCCAGCAACAUUCUGCCAACAAGCCAAUGCUGGUAUUUUGCUCGACUCGCACAGGCGUGAUGAUGACCACAAAACAGAUCUUGAAAAACUACGAAAAUGUUUCGCAUAACAAGCAGACAUUACCUUGGCUUAAACCUCCUAGCAUCAAGGCAAAGUUCGAAAAUAGGGAGCUGAGAGAGCUUGCAGUAUGCAGGAUAGGUGUUCACCAUGGGGGCAUGAGCAUGGAUGAUCAUCAGACAAUUGAAGAACUAUACAUCAAGAAAAUAAUAAGGGUAGUUGUUUCGACGUCUACCUUGGCGGUCGGCGUCAACCUGCCUGCGCAUACGGUCAUGAUCAAGGGUGUCAAGGUCUUCCGGAACAAUACCUGUCAGGAGUACUCAGAUCUGGACAUCAUGCAGAUGAUGGGUCAUGCACUUGAGGCAAUCACGAGUGCAGAAGACACCGUCGAAUGCGAUUUUGUUAGAUUCUCAGACAUCGGGCUUCGCGGUGGUGAGAAAGGGGUGUAUGACAAAUUGCACGUACACAAAGAUAUUCGAUAUCAGAUCAAGAAGAUCGAGAAACCGGCGGACAAGAUCUUCGUGUUGAUACAGCUUAAUUCUUACCUUGUUUGGCCAGCUAUCGUGGAGGUGGCGAUUGUGACGAAGGCAGGCAGUUUACUCAAGAGUGGCCUUGAGGUAAUGCGCUGUUUCAAUGCUAAGGCCUGGGAAGAUCGGUACAUGGUCAUGCGGCAAGUCGAGCGCAUCGGCGAGAAAUCUCUCAAGGUACUUGUGAAGCACAAUAUCACCAGCAUCGACGUGCUACGAAAGCAAGACCAGCUGUGCCUGGAAGCUCUGCUCAAUCAUCGGCCACCUUUUGGCCUCGAGGUACUUGCUGCCAUGCAGCAGUUUCCUCAGUAUACAUUGCAAAUCAGUGAAGUUGCCAUAUCCAGUCAUGGAGACAAGAAGCCCUUGGAGGUCGAAAUACUUGUUGACUGUGGGUUGCUCAAUGGCACAGUGAUUAAGCCGAAGAAUGUCAAGACCAGGGAGGUGGACAUGACAAUGGUGCUCAUCUUGACUUCGGACCUUGACAUCAUGGACUUUCGACGGUACCCGAUGGAAGAACUGAAGGAAACCAAGAGGAUCACGGUCAGUGUCCAGCUAACGAAGCCCAGCCAGUCGAUCACUGAAACCAUUGCUGGUGUGGCUGUGACCGAAUGCUACAAGCUCAAUGUUGGCACGAAGUACUACCCUAACAUGCUCACGAGCGGAACGAACUUCAUGGUAGAAUUGUUGUCGCCUGUCUCCGAGGCAUAUAAAUCCAAUCAUUAUGCAACCACGAAGGAUUUCCUGCUGUACGGCCUCGAGGACAAUGUUGACUUCUGGAACAUGGGCCCAGACGAUGAGGAUUCCGUAGAGGUGGAGUUACCGACAGCCAAAUUGAAGCCACCGCCAGCCAUUAAGCCCGCUGCUACCCAGGCCAAUGUCUUCAAGCACUGUGAGGAGCAACAGAAGACGAGUGCCAAGAUUGCUCCUCGUAACACUAUGGCAACGAUGCAAAACAGGCACAAAUGA